AACCAGGCAAACAUCAUGCAAAUACAGAUGCCUUGAGCAGGAUGCCAGUUCCUGUCAAGUUAAGGAAAGAGGAGAGUACUGAGCAAGUACUUAUGAUGGACAUGUUGGAUGAGACAUUGAUAGAUGCAAAGCAGAUAAAGAGCUGGACGGCAAAAGACACUGUUUUAUCACAAGUUCAUGAAUACAUCCUGAAAGGGUGGCCCACAGAAACCGAUCCAAAUCUGAAAGCUUUCCACCAGAGAAAAUUGGAGCUCGGUGUUAGAGAUGGCUGUGUUCUCUGGGGAGCUCGAGUGGUCAUCCCUGCCAAAGGAAGAGGUAGGAUGUUAAAAAUGUUACAUCACUCACACAGGAAUGACUAAAAUGAAAGGUUUGGCAAGAUCAUACAUGUGGUGGCCGGGAAUGGAUCAGGAUGUAGAGAGAACGGUUCAAGCAUGUCACGAAUGUCAGGCACAUCAAAAAGCACCUGCUUCUGCUCCUCUACACCCGUGGGAAUGGCCUGAAUCACCAUGGUCAAGGAUUCAUGUGGACUAUGCAGGACCUUUUCUAGGAGAAAUGUUUCUCGUAAUUGUGGAUGCACAUUCAAAGUGGUUGGAUGUUUACCCUACAAAAACAUGCACAUCCUUAGUCACAAUCGAGAAACUCAGACAGAGCUUUAGUAAUUUUGGAAUACCAAAAAUGCUGGUGUCCGACAAUGGAACUUGCUUCACAAGUGCUGAGUUUGAAGCGUUCAUGAAGCAAAAUGGUAUCAGUCAUGUGAGAUCCGCUCCUUUUCACCCAUCCUCAAAUGGACUCGCAGAGAGAGCAGUUCAAACUUUUAAAGAGGGGAUGAAGAAGAUGAAAGAAGGGACAAUACAAACAAGGUUAUCAAGAUUCUUGUUUAGCUACCGGAUCACACCUCACGCAACAACAGGCUUAUCACCUGCCGAACUCAUGAUGUCACGCAGACUAAGGUCCGCCCUGGAUUUGGUUGUUCCGGAUAUGAAAACCAAAGUGCAACAAAAGCAACUUAAACAGAAAGAAAAUCAUGACACACGGAGUAAGCAGAGAGGGUUUACGUCAGGAGAGGACGUACUCAUCAGGAACUAUUCCUAUGGACCGAAAUGGAUACCUGAACAACAUGGCGUCGAUGAACAAGGCGAGAUCUAUGAGCAUGGAGCGAGAGGCACAACCGUGGAGGUGAGCGCAACCGUGGAGGUGAGCGCAACCGUGGAGGUGAGCGCAACCGUGGAGGUGAGCGCAACCGUGGAGGUGAGCGCAACCGUGGAGGUGAGCGCAACCGUGGAGGUGAGCGCAACCGUGGAGGUGAGCGCAACCGUGGAGGUGAGCGCAACCGUGGAGGUGAGCGCAACCGUGGAGGUGAGCGCAACCGUGGAGGUGAGCGCAACCGUGGAGGUGAGCGCAACCGUGGAGGUGAGCGCAACCGUGGAGGUGAGCAUACUGAAGGGACACUCAGGCGACGAGCAGUUGACAGCAUGCUCCUUAAGAGCCCUCCUUUAA